CAGGGCCUGAUAAUAAAGGAAUUUAUAAAGGGGAUCGAGAGUCCAGUGGAAAAUACACGUUUGCUGCCCACAUGGAUGGAACUUACAAGUUUUGCUUUAGCAACAGAAUGUCCACCAUGACUCCCAAGAUAGUGAUGUUCACUAUUGAUAUCGGGGAAGCUCCAAAGGGGCAAGACAUGGAGACAGAAGGUGGUGGAGAUACCUGGGAUGCUCAUCAGAACAAGCUAGAAGAGAUGAUUAAUGAGUUAGCGGUGGCCAUGACAGCUGUAAAGCAUGAACAGGAGUACAUGGAAGUUCGUGAAAGAAUACAUAGAGCAAUUAAUGACAACACAAACAGCAGAGUGGUUCUUUGGUCGUUCUUUGAAGCUCUUGUAUUAGUUGCCAUGACACUGGGACAAAUCUACUAUCUGAAGAGGUUUUUUGAAGUCCGAAGGGUUGUUUAAGAGUACUUUUCUGGUCCCGGAUUUCAGUUCACUGUCUACCAAACAUCCUGGUCACACAAAAAAAAAGUCAUUUAGUUUCUGAACCCUCUUUACUGAACUGUAAAACUUCCUGCUUAUGUUCCUUCCUAGUUAAAACUGAGUUGUUUUUCUAUAUCUUCUGUAGCAAAAGCUGUGCUGAAAUCUCGUCACUGAAUUGGC